AUGCGCUCACUCUUCCGCAAAUUCCUUAAUCGCAGAGCUACCAAAGCUAUAUUGCUCCCUACCAAUAUUCUGAAAGCCUCAACGACCGGUGGUAUGGCUACUGCGGCGAUAUAUGCGAUGUCCAUGACACCUCCAACGGCAUUGGGAGCUGUACCAGAAGAUGCAAAAGGUAAAGAACAUCAUCUGGCAGGAGGAUCUGGAUUUAGAAAUCCAUGGCCGAGCUAUGUUGAUUUCAAUCCUGUGAAAAUCGGAAUGUCUAUGGCGUGGCGUAUAAUAUCAGGAAAGAUGAAAUGGCCAGACACCACUCCUCCACAUGUUACAGUAAUCAAACCCACCUUCCUCGCAACCCGCGCCGAGUCGAAGUCGCUCCGCGCAACCUGGCUUGGGCAUGCGUGCUACUACGUUGAGUAUCCCGGUGGACUACGAGUCUUAUUCGACCCGGUUUUCGAAGACCGCUGUUCGCCAUCUAGCUUCAUGGGACCAAAACGAUAUACUGAAAUACCUUGCGUCAUCAAAGAUCUACCCAUGGUAGACGUUGUAGUUAUCAGCCACUCCCACUACGAUCAUCUUUCCCAUCCUACGAUCCUCGAGAUACACAAAUACCACCCAAACGCGCAGUUUGUAGUAGGACUUGGAUUGAAGAAGUGGUUCGAGAGUAGCGGCGUAAAAAAUGUGCAGGAACUGGAUUGGUGGCAGGACGUAGAUAUUACGCUUUCCCCGAAGACCGGAGAAAAAAGGAUAUCAACAGCCUCCUCGGAAAGCCCAGAAACUUCUUCGAAUUCAGACAUCACCGCACGAAUCUCUUGUCUCCCUUGUCAGCACACAUCCGCACGAACAGCUUUUGAUAAGAACCAAACGCUGUGGUGCUCAUGGGCCGUCUCUUCGGGCGGAAAGUCUGUCUGGUUCGGAGGUGACACAGGCUACCGCACAGUCCCGCAACUUCCUGAAGUAGAAGAUGAUUAUGGAGAGAAAUACGCCGGUUUACCACACUGUCCUGCUUUCAAGCAGAUCGGAGAGCUGCGAGGACCAUUUGAUCUUGGUCUAAUACCUAUAGGCGCUUAUGACCCUAGAUAUAUCAUGAGUCCUAUGCAUGCGAAUCCCUUCGACAGUGUGAAUAUCUUUAUAGACACGAAGUGCAAAAAAGCUAUGGGUAUUCAUUGGGGCACAUGGGUUCUGACCGCGGAAGACGUGUUAGAACCACCUGCUCUGUUGAAAAAAGCGAUGAAAUGGAAGAAUCUGCCAGAAACUGGCGUAUUUGAUGUUUGUGAUAUUGGCGCCAGCAGAGAAUUCUGA